CGCCCGGCGCCGGAAGCGCGAGCGGCCGCGGGGGAGGCGGAAGCGCGCGCGGGGCCGCGGCCGAAGAUGGCGGCGAAAACACAGGGCGGGAUCCGCCUGAGCGCGCUGUCACCAAAGUUCUUGCACACCAACUCCACCAGUCACACCUGGCCCUUCAGUGCAAUUGCAGAACUCAUAGAUAAUGCCUACGAUCCAGAUGUGAGUGCCAAACAGAUCUGGAUUGACAAAACCGUCAUCAACGACAACAUCUGCCUGACGUUCACCGACAACGGCAACGGCAUGAACUGCGAGAAGCUGCACAAAAUGCUCAGCUUCGGUUUCAGCGAGAAGUCGGUGAUGAACGGCCGCGUUCCCGUGGGGCUCUACGGCAACGGCUUCAAGUCGGGCUCCAUGCGCCUGGGCAAGGACGCCAUCGUCUUCACCAAGAACGGCGACACCAUGAGCGUGGGGCUGCUGUCCCAGACCUACCUGGAGGUCACCAAAGCUGAGCACGUCAUGGUCCCCAUCGUCACCUUCACCAACCACCGGCAGAUCAGUGAUCCGGCAGAAUCCAAGAACAGCCUCAAGGCCAUCCUGACACAUUCCUUGUUCUCCACUGAGGAGAAAUUGCUGGCAGAGCUGGAUGCCAUCAUAGGGGAAAAAGGCACCAGGAUCAUCAUUUGGAAUCUUAGAAAAGAUAAAAACAACAGACCUGAAUUUGACUUUGACAAGGAUAAAUAUGACAUCAGAAUUCCAGAAGAUUUGGAUGAAACAGGCAAAAGAGGCUACAAAAAACAGGAAAGACUGGACCAGAUUGUUCCAGAAAGUGAUUACUCCCUAAGAGCUUACUGCAGUAUUUUGUACCUGAAGCCAACCAUGCAGAUCAUCCUGAGAGGCCAGAAGGUGAAAACACAGCUGGUUUCCAAAAGUUUGGCCUUCAUUGAGAGGGAUAUUUACAGACCCAAAUUUCUCAAUGCCAAAACAGUCAGAAUUACUUUUGGAUUUAACUGCAGAAACAAAGAUCAUUAUGGAAUAAUGAUGUACCACAAAAACAGACUCAUCAAAGCUUAUGAAAGAGUUGGCUGUCAGUUAAAGGCAAACAACAUGGGUGUGGGUGUUGUUGGGAUUAUUGAAUGCAACUUCCUAAAACCAACUCACAACAAACAGGAUUUUGACUACACCAAUGAAUACAGACUCACAAUAGCAGCACUGGGAGAAAAGCUCAACGAUUACUGGAACGAGAUGAAAACCAAGAAAAAUGAGGAAUAUCCCUUAGCUCUGCCCGUCGAGGAGAUCCAGAAACAGCCUGACCAGACGUGGGUGCAGUGCGACGCGUGCCUCAAGUGGCGGAAGCUCCCGGACGGAAUCGAGCACCUCCCGGAGAAGUGGUACUGCUCCCUCAACCCUGACCCCCAGUUCCGGAAUUGUAAUGUGCCAGAAGAACCAGAGGAUGACGACUUAAUACACCCCACGUACGAGAAAACCUACAAGAAAAAGGACAGGGAAAAACUGAAGAGGCGAGUGGAGUACGGCCACCAGAUGAAUAAUGAAAUACUUUUAAAAACAUCUGUUUCUUCAAGUAAAGACUUCAAAACAUUCUCACCUCCGAAUACAAAGGAAGCUCUCCCAAGGUUACUUAUACCAAAAUCAUCAGAUGCUUCUGUUAGAAGAUCUCUGCCUAUUUUAAUUAAAGUAGCUUCCCCUCAUGUGGAUGCUGACAGUAGUCUCAAAAGGAGGACGCAGAGCUGUGCGACACCCGUGUCCCUAAAGACCCCUCGGCUCAGUGACAAAACAUUCAGCAACCACGAGGAGGAGGAUGAUGAUGAAGAUGUCAUCAUUUUAGAGGAGAGCAGCACUCCAAAGCCUUCAGCAGAUCCUGAUGUUCCUGUGGUAAAAACAGAGUGUAUCAAUUUGGAUCAGGAGGAGAAGCAGAAGGAAGACUCUCCCGUGGAGGAACCUUGCAGUGCAACCACUUCAGAGGCAAAUAGUGAACAGCUGAGCUCAGCAACACAGACAGAGCUCCCAAAGCUGGUGGUGAAAAAGGAGGAGGUGGAAGACAUCCCAGUCCAGAUUCCUGGGGCAGAGAUGGAGAACGAACAGCACAAGGUCAAUGGUGUUCCUGAGACUUCUGUAGAGAUGGAAAAUGAACUGAAAAAUCAGCUGCAGUUACUGAACACGGAAAAAGAAAUGUACCAAAGCAAAUGUGAAGCGUUAACCAAACAGGUGGAAACACUGGAACAGCAGCUUUUGGAGAUGAAUAAUAAAUAUGUAAAAAAGGAAAUGUGCCAUCAGGCAGUGCAGACCUCUCCCUCCUGUGGAGAAGGGAGUGCUGACGGGAGGAGCUUGGCCGAGGUGACAGUGCUCUAUGAGCAGGCCCUGGGGGAAAUAGCAACGCUGAAGGAGCAGUGCAGCACCCUGCAGAACCUAAAGACUGAGUGCAGCAGAUGUGCUGAUGGAGAGAGCAAGAGCGAGGUGGAUGAGAUGGCAGUGCAGCUGGAUGAUGUUUUCAGGCAGCUGGACAAGUGCACCACCGAGAGAGACGAAUACAAAAGCCAGAUUGAAGUCCUAGAAGUGGAGAAGAAUCAAAUGGCCUGUCAGUGUGAGGAGCUCAAGGCAGAGCUGGCUCAGUUAAAAGCUUCAAUCCCACAGGCUGUAGCACGUGCAAAUGAUUCUACCACCAGUAAUGUAGAAGACUCUGUAAAUUUUUCUGAUGGAGAAAGGUAUCAGUUUUGUUCUUUCUAGAUGUUAUUUCAAGAUUUUUGCUUGUUGGUUGUAUUUCAAAUGUUGUGAUAAAGGUUAUGUCUGAUAAUUGUAUAAUAAAAUGUGAUGCUUGCAAUUCUUUUCUACUGCC